CCAGGGUUGCCUUGAAUUCAUCUCCUGCAUUACUGCAUUAAUAAGCCUUGUGAAAAAUUGGAAUUUUAGAUAUGUAUCCCUAUGGAGGUGGUGGUAGAAGAAAUAGGAGUUUUAGAACCAUUCUGUGCUACAGACCAUGUCCCAAAAGAAAAACAAGUCAAAUUGUACCAUCUUUAUGGAAACAGUUGACUUCCUGUUGGCUUUAGGAUACAAAAUGCCAUAUAGUCUCAUGUAGUUCCCAAACUUAGACUUCUGUGUAGCUGAGGCAGGCUUGAUGCUUAGCUUGAUGCUACCAAACCCAAAACCUUGCUUAUAAAUAAAUACCUCUAAUAUGAGAAUUCAGUUCAAGUAUAGAGAAGGCAUAAAAAGCCCCAAGUCCUAGGUUCUAUCCCCACAACAAAUGAAACCCAGAAUGGUGACUUGUAGCCAGGAACUACAAAGAAACCCUGUUUAUAUGACAUAGAGUUUUCAUUAAAACCUUUCCUCAGCUUCCUAAACCUUUGGUGUAAAGGGUAUAUGCAGUGCCGUUGUCUGUGAUUCCAACACCUUUAUUUUAGAAUAUCCAUAGAUACAUAAAAAGAGAAAUUGUGCUCAGUGUUCAUUUGUAUCAAGAUUUAAAAUUUAGAGGUGUGGAAAAAACUAGCUGAGUUGUUCUGGUGUUUAACGUGCUCAGUCCUGGCUUUAAAGCACAGCAAUUCCAUAAAAUCAGCUAUGGUGGAGCACAAACUAAGGAUUCAAGAGGAUGGGAUAGGAGGAUUAACCAAAAAGCUCAGCAAAUCAGAAGUUACUGAGGGUAAGCACCAUAUUGAGUUGGAAAUUAGUCACCAGCCCUGCCACCCAAAAUCAAAUACACCCCAUUCAUACUUUGCUACCCUUUUUUAAGUGUUAGGGUGGUUAAGUCCUACCUUGUCUUUGUUAGAGCUGUUACUAAAACCUUGGCUAUUUCUUACUGUAUCUUGUCCUUUUAGUCCCGAACGGUGGUUAUUUCUGUAAAAUUUCCUUCUGUAAAGUUAAUUCAAGCAAUCAGAGUCUAAACAAAAAAGCCUAAGAAUUUAAUUUGCAGUCAUCACCUGCUUCAGUUAAUAAUAAUAGCCCUACUUGUUUCACGUUUCUUUUUUCUUUUGGGACAUUCUGUAAGUUUUUUUUUUUUUUUUACAAGAAAUAACCUUAGUAACAAUUUUAAAGUUUAUUUAUUGCGUGUAUAUGAUUAGCAUGUUUGCCUCUACACGGGUGCUUAGAUCAGGACAACUUCAAGUCCUUUCGCUGUGUGGGUCCUGUGGAUAGAACUCAGGUGUCAGGCUUGGAAGGCCUUUUCUUAUCUCACUGGGCCCUCAAAAAUAUACGGCCCGUGGUUGGUGGUAGCCUACUGUUUUAAUCCUAAAAGCAUUCUAGGCGGAGGCAGAGAGUUCGAGGCCAGUGUGACACACAGUCAGGGCUGUUGUAGAGAAACCCUGUUGGGGGGGCGGGUGAAUAAAGUCCUUGAAAUAUCCAGUCACUGCUUUGAAUUUAAAAUAACAUUUUGGGGUUGCCGGUUGGAUAAGGGUUUUAGGAAUUGAUUUUUAAAAAUUUGUGCUUUUAACAGGUUGAGGAGACAUAUCUAGUAGUUACUGGGGAAUCAAACAUGAGGUGUCAGCCAUUCGGGGUUAAGGCACUUUUUCCGAUUGCUGGUAUUAAAGGUGUGCGCCACCAGUGACUGCCAGUGGAGUUGUUUUUUAAAGUUAUGCUUCAGCAUUGGAAAUAUCUGAGUUCAUGGUCAAAUGAAGAAAACAAAGUAUUGCAUGUCGGCAGGUUUCCAUUCUGUAGUAUCCAGUUCGAGGUGAUUCGGUUUUACUUGACAGACUUUUCCGCUUCAGUGCUGUCGUUCUCCCCCUCCCCCCACAGCGGGUAAUUUGGACCUUGCCCAGGUGGCUACUUCGCCGCUUUACGGAGAACUGGCGAGAAGUCUUCCCCUUUCCUUUCCCUCCUACCCCCAUUUCCGGCGCUGGCCAAUCGCACGGUUCGCGGGCCACACCUGCAGGCACGCUUUUCCCAUUGGUGACAUAUUGGCGGGCCGGCAGGGCACUUCCUUCUCUGCACCCCGUGACCCGAGUCCGACCGCCGCUGUCGAUCACGCGGUUUCUGCUUCCCGGACUCCGGACCUGAACGCCCGUCCUCGGCGUGGUUGAGAACAAAAAGAAGAUGCACCUGGACUUUCCCGGGACCUCUCUGCGUUUUUAAAGCGUCGGGUGGAGUUGGGGUUCGUAAGCCGCGUUGCUUAUUGAAAGUAGAAGUCACUUCUGCCUUCCUCCGUGGAAAACUUGUACCUUCCAUAAGUGUUUACUACAGAAGGCACCUGUGGUGGUUCUUUAAGCUACCAAAAAUUGCCCAAGCUUGUGUGACAUCAACCCUGUCAAGUGUCCAUGAUGCUGGGCCCUGAGGGAGGUGAAGGCUAUGUGGUCAAACUCCGUGGCCUACCCUGGUCCUGCUCAAUUGAGGACGUACAAAACUUCCUCUCCGACUGCACAAUUCAUGAUGGGGUUGCAGGUGUUCAUUUCAUUUAUACUAGAGAAGGCAGGCAGAGUGGUGAGGCUUUUGUUGAACUUGAGUCAGAAGAUGAUGUAAAAUUGGCUCUGAAAAAAGACAGGGAAAGCAUGGGACACCGAUAUAUUGAGGUGUUCAAGUCACACAGAACCAAGAUGGAUUGGGUGUUGAAGCACAGUGGUCCAAACAGCGCCGACAGUGCCAAUGAUGGCUUUGUGAGGCUUCGGGGACUCCCAUUUGGAUGCACAAAGGAAGAAAUUGUUCAGUUCUUCUCAGGGUUGGAAAUCGUGCCAAACGGGAUCACAUUACCUGUGGACCCGGAGGGCAAGAUUACAGGGGAGGCCUUCGUUCAGUUUGCCUCACAAGAGUUAGCUGAGAAAGCUCUAGGGAAGCACAAGGAGAGAAUAGGGCACAGGUAUAUCGAGGUGUUCAAGAGCAGUCAGGAGGAAGUUAGGUCAUACUCAGAUCCACCUCUGAAGUUCAUGUCUGUGCAGAGGCCUGGGCCCUAUGACCGGCCUGGCACAGCCCGGAGGUACAUUGGCAUUGUAAAACAGGCAGGCUUGGAUAGGAUGAGGUCUGGUGCCUAUAGUGCAGGCUAUGGGGGCUAUGAAGAAUACAGUGGCCUCAGUGAUGGCUAUGGCUUCACCACUGACCUGUUUGGGAGAGACCUCAGCUACUGUCUCUCAGGAAUGUAUGACCACAGAUACGGAGACAGCGAGUUCACAGUGCAGAGCACCACCGGCCACUGCGUCCACAUGAGAGGGCUGCCCUACAAAGCAACGGAGAACGACAUUUACAACUUCUUCUCUCCACUCAACCCUGUGAGAGUUCAUAUUGAGAUUGGUCCUGAUGGAAGAGUGACGGGAGAAGCUGAUGUUGAGUUUGCCACCCAUGAAGAAGCAGUGGCAGCUAUGUCGAAGGACAGGGCCAACAUGCAGCACAGAUACAUAGAACUCUUCCUGAAUUCAACAACAGGGGCUAGCAACGGGGCUUAUAGCAGCCAGGUGAUGCAGGGCAUGGGAGUGUCAGCUGCCCAGGCCACUUAUAGUGGCCUGGAGAGCCAGUCAGUGAGUGGCUGUUACGGGGCCGGCUACAGCGGUCAGAACAGCAUGGGUGGAUAUGAUUAGUGUUGUAGAAGCGUUUUGAGUUAUUUCAAUCAAAAAUUUCACAGGCAGCCAAUAAGCAGUCGAGCAGUUUAUAACUCUAGAGGAAGCUGGGGGACCCACUUUGCACCAUGAGUUUGUGAAAAUCUGGAUUAAAAAAUUACCUCUUC